CUUGCUCGCUAAGCCCAAGGCCUAAGGGCAAAAGCAAACUUACGGCGUCCGUUUCGCCGAGGUACUUCCUAGAGAUAGGACAUACAGUACUUAGCAUCUGGGCUCAGGUGAGACUGAGAGGCUCGAAGACACUUUCGCACUACCACAUCAUGAUUAUCGCCGUCACAGGCUGCAACGGGCGCGUUGGCCGUCGCGUCGUCCUCUUCGCCCUCAAGGAAGGGCACACGGUCGUUGGGAUCGACUCUGCGGAUGCGGCCGUGGACCUCAUCAAGGAUGAGCCUGGGUUUAGCUUUCGCCAAGCGGAUCUGAAGGACUACGAUGCAACGGAGGAGGCAUUGACGGGCUGCGAGGCCGUGGUGCAGUUGGCUGGGGCGCCGCAUCCGAAGGACUGGAAGACGAGCACUCACCACACGAACGUCGUCAUCACUUGGAACAUCCUUAGAGCUGCAGCGGAGCUCGGGAUCAACCGUAUCUCGCAGGCAUCAUCCGUGAAUGUGCUGCGAGGCGUGUUCAGUGUCGAGCCGAAGUUCGACUACUUCCCCAUCGACGAAGAUCACCCGUGUCUCCCGGACGAGCCAUAUGGGCUCUCGAAGCUCGUAGCUGAGAUGCAAGCGGACACGAUCAUACGGAGAUAUCCGUCCAUGCGGGUGGCGAGCAUCCGUCUACACUGGUCCGUUCCCAGCCGGAGCGAUGCGUUCAGGAGGGACUACGCCAAGUCAAAGGGGGACCUGUGGAGUUACGUGCAGCAUGACUCUGGCGCGGAGGCAUUCCUGAGGGGGGUAACCUCGAGCGAGGAGAAGUGGGCGGGGCACGAGAGGUUUUUCAUAGCGGCGCCCCGCGUUGCAGUUCCAGAUGACGAGGGUUGGCUGGAGUUGAAGAAACGGUACUUCCCCGACGUGCCUAUCAGAGAAGGCUGGGUUGAGAGCAAGAAGGGGAAUUUUUUUGACUGUAGCAAAGCAGAACGGCUGCUAGAGUGGGUGCACCAUGAUUAUGCCUAGUAACUGUGAAUGCAGAAAUUAUCGAACUGUACAGCCUAUAGAUUGCCCGUGCCUCAGCACAAACACGAGAUGGAAGGAAAACC